AAAAUAUUCUAUAAGUGUGGCAACGCUAUUAUAAAAUUUCUGUGCUGAUUGCAUCACAACUCACUAAACAAAAAAUUCUUAACUUGCUUUUCACAUUUAAGUUCCUUACAAGCAGUCGGCAAUUGAUAUAUUGUUAUUCCAAAUCUGACGUCAUUCGCAGCGUCUAAAAUGGCAUUUUGGAAAUUUGUCGGACUUCCCGUGGUUAAGGCUGAUGAUGAUGAAGCGGAACUUGUAGACCCCCAAGCAGCUCUUAGAGAUAAGUGCCAGGCUAAAGGCCAUAUCGAAUCUUUAUAUAACAAAUAUCAAGAAUGCAACGACCGUGUAAAUAGUCGAUCUAAAACAACCGAAACAUGUAUGGAGGAACUGUUCGACUAUGUCGCUGAGUUGGAUCAUUGCGUAGCGCACAGCCUGUUCUCAAAACUCAAAUAGUUAAGCAAUAACAUGUACAUAAAUAUGUAUUAUUGUUAGCUACGCUUGAGUAAAAUUGUUGAAGAUUCUUAGUAA